CCUGGCUGCCCCGCUAUGCAUCGAAGCGCCCCACGUUCACGCAGGAAGCCACGAAGCUCACCGCUAGACGAGACGAGACCAUCUUCGUGCUGCUCGAGCUGUCUCUCCUCAACGUACUUCACUUCUCCUUCCCUCUACACCUCAAAUCCUGUACCUUGAGCACUCAAGCAGCUCUAUCACCUACAAACACAACCAGACAACAUGGCAACUUUCUUCGACGGUGUCAAGAAGAGCUGGGAGGACGUCCCUGUUGACGCUACCAAGGACAAUGCUAUCUCCACCACAGAGUUCCUCGAGGCUGCUGAGAGCCUGACCACAUUGUUCGAUGUCCUAGGUUCCGCAGCAUUCAAGCCCGUCAAGAACGACAUGUCCGGCAACGUUAAGAAAAUCCGUGAUCGCCAGCUCGCUGCCCCCACACUCUCCGAGACCCUCCAGGACCUCGUCCUCAACGAGCUCAAGGAGAAGAAGCACACAGCCAGCGAGGGCCUCGUCUGGCUCAACCGCGGACUCGACUUUACCGCCCAAGCCCUCCGCCACAACAUCUCGAACCCCAACAAGGAGCUUGCCGACUCCUUCCGCGACGCCUACGGGAACACCCUCAAGCCCCACCACUCGUUCGUCGUCAAGCCGCUGUUCAGCGCCGCCAUGAGCGCCACACCGUACAGGAAGGACUUCUACGCCAAGCUCGGUAGCGAUGAGGCCAAGGUCCAGCAGCAGCUUGAGAGCUACCUUUCUGCAUUGGAGAAGAUUGUUGCUACAUUGAACCAGUUCUUGGCCAGGAAGGAGGCUAAGUGGUAGAUAUGUUGUUAUGAUAUGAAUCAGAGGGCACUGGACUGCUGUCGACACAAUGAACGCUUUGCAUGCACAAAAUAUCUUUCUUCUUGAUGCGACUGGCAUUGGACUUGAUGCCGAUUAGAAGCGUGCAGCUGCAUAUUUGUGGGAUCUAC